AUGUCGACUGCGGAUCGUGAGAUGGAGGUUGAGGUUGCUCAGCCUCCUUCCUAUAACGAAAACGAAGCUCCCGUCCAGCAGAUCGUUGUGGACGAAAAGGGUGCCCUGGAUAUGGACAAGGAGAACCCUGUCACUCCCGACGGCGAGGAGCCUAGCGAUGAUGAGAAGCGCUCUUUGCGCCAUGUCGCUGAGAACCUGCCCGUUUCGGCCUGGUUGGUUGCCAUGGUCGAGUUGUGCGAGCGUUUCACCUACUACGGCAUGUCUGGUAUCUUCCAGAACUACGUCCAGCGUCCUUUGGAUGGUAGCCAGGGCCGUGGUGCUCUGGGCAUGGGUCACCAGGGUGCUACCGGUCUGACCACCUUCUUCCAGUUCUGGUGCUAUGUUACUCCUAUCAUUGGUGCCAUCGUCGCCGAUCAGUACCUCGGCAAGUACAAGACGAUCGUGCUCUUCUGUGCUGUCUAUCUCGUUGGUCUCUUGAUUCUGGUUUGCACUUCGAUCCCGACCGCUCUGUCCCACGGAGCCGGUCUGGGUGGCUUCAUUGUCGCUGUCUUGGUCGUCGGUCUCGGCACCGGUGGUAUUAAGUCGAACGUCGCCCCUCUGAUUGCCGACCAGUACAAGCGCAAGAAGAUGGCCGUUAACACCACCAAGAAGGGUGAGCGGGUGAUCAUCGACCCCGCGCUGACCAUUCAGCGCAUCUACAUGAUCUUCUACGGCUGUAUCAACGUCGGUUCGCUCUCCGGUCUCGCGACUCCGUACAUGGAGAAGUACAUCGGUUACUGGUCGGCCUACCUGCUCUGUCUCUGCAUGUUCUUUGUUGGUACCCUGGUGCUGGUGGUGGGUCGCAAGUUCUAUGUUGUCCGUCCUCCUCAGGGCUCCAUUAUCACCGACGCGUUCAAGGCGAUCUUCAUGAUGAUUCGCAACCGCAACAUGGAUGCCGCUAAGCCCAGCUACCAACGUGAGCACGGCAACGAGGUCGCCUUGCCCUGGGACGACCACUUCAUUGAUGAGCUCAAGCGUGCCCUGGUUGCCUGCCGUGUGUUCGCUUUCUACCCCAUUUACUGGGUUGUGUACGGCCAGUUCUCCAGCAACUUCGUCACCCAGGCCGGCCAGAUGCAGGGUCACGGCAUCCCCAAUGACCUGAUGCAGAACUUCGAUCCGAUCUCGAUUAUCGUGUUCAUCCCCGUGCUUGAGACCCUGAUUUACCCGGCCAUGCGUCGCCUGAAGAUUCCUUUCCGCCCCAUCACCCGUAUCUCCCUGGGUUUCGUCGUCGCCUCUCUAGCCAUGAUGUACGCUGCCAUCGUGCAGCACCUAAUCUAUUCUGCCGGACCCUGCUACGAGCACCCCCUGUGUGACGCCUCAAUUGUUGAUGGCACUACCACCGGAAACCGCGUGCACAUUGCCAUCCAGACCCCGGCAUACGUGUUCAUUGGUCUGUCUGAGAUUUUCGCCUCCGUGUCCGGUCUCGAGUACGCCUACACCAAGGCUCCGCCCUCGAUGAAGUCGUUCGUGCAGUCGAUGUACCUGCUUACCAACGCCUUCGGCUCCGCCCUCGCCGAGGCCCUGACCCCGGCUGCCUAUGACCCGGCCAUCAUGUGGAUGUUCGUUGGUCUGGCCUGUGCCUCUUUCCUGUGCGGCAUCAUCUUCUGGUUCAUCUUCCACCACCUCAACGCCCAGGAAGACGACAUGAACGCUCUGGACGCAGACGAUUACAUGCCCGAGGCCCCCCGCGAAGAGGAGCGCCGCCUCUCCAAGGCCCAGCAGUAG